GGGUCAACCAGUCGACCCGUCUACCCGUCAACUUGUCAACCCGUCGACCUGUCAACCCGUUGACUCGUCAACCUGCCGCCCUGUCAACCCUUCGACCUGUCAAACUGUCCACCUGUCUACCCGUCCACCUGUCAACCUGUCGACCUGUCAACCCGCCGACCCGUCUACCCGACCACCUGUCAACCUGUCAACCUGUCUACCCGUCCACCCGUCGACAUGUCUAACCGUCAAGCAGUCUACCAGUCGACCUGUCAACCCAUCGACCUAUCUACCCGUCGACCUGUCAACCCGUCAAUCUGUCUUGUCAUCGACCUGUCAACCCGUUGACCUGUCAACCAGUCGACCUGUCAGCCAGUCGACCUGUCAACCCGUCGACCUUCCACCUGUCUACCCGUCCACCUGUCAACCUGUCGAUCUGUCUACCUGUCCACCUGUCAACCCGCCGACCCGUCUACCCGUCCACCUGUCAACCAGUCGACCUGUCUACCCGUCCACCCGUCGACCUGUCUACCCGUCAUCCAGUCUACCAGUCGACUUGUCAACCAGUCGACCUGUCAACCCGUCGAUCUGUCUACUCGUCAACCUUUCAUCACGUCGACCUGUCAACCCGUCGACCUGUCUACACGUCAACCAAUCCACCAGUCGACUUGUCAACCCGUCGACCUGUCAAUUUGUCGACCUGUCAACCCGUCUUCUGCUG